AUGCGCUUCCGGUCUCUCCUUAUAUUGGCCGGCAUUUCCAAAGCCGCUCUGAUUGAUAAUGGCACGGUUGUGACUCUGAAUGGCAUUGCCUAUUAUGUUGGAGGGGUCUCUGUUGGUCAACUGGGCAAAAUUUGGUCUGGGUCUCCAGCGCUCGAACCUACAACUGUUCACGGCUUAGGUCUUUUUCCAAUGACCAUCAUCGACACGUUUAACACCACUAUCCAAUCAGAUGAAUUGGUGAAUAUAGUGUCCGAGUAUGAGAACGACGACGAUGUAUUCCAGUCUGGCUUCCUAAGUACAAUUUAUAUUCGCCCUUCAACGAAUAUCUCAGGAUUUCAUGUUGCAUCCCUUAGCAGCACCUUGUCUGGGUUCAAUACUACCACCUUGAUAAGCUCUAGUCCCUGUAGCGAGGAAGCUUUUGGUAUCAAGACUGUAUCGAGACCUAUCAUGGGGGAUCCAGCGAAAGGUCCCUAUUUCGUCUCCGCUGCCACUGGAAACCUUUACAUGGCCUAUAGACUCUACGACGACGAUUAUCUGGCCUUCAUUCAAGGAGUUAUUACGGAUGGAGUGGGCGGGUUUAGAUCUCUUCCUGCCGUGACAGAGAACGUCAUGGCGAAGAGCGUUGCUGUCCCCUCGAGGCUCUAUUACACUGUGACAGAGGAUCAACCUCUCGCCGGCCUUCGCCUGGGAGUUAAGGACAUAUAUCAUGUCAAAGGGAUCGCCACUAGUGGCGGAAACCGUGCCUACUUCUACACUUAUGGCACCCAGAAUAUCACAGCCCCUUCGGUUCAGCGCUUGAUCGAUCUUGGUGCAGUUCUUGUGGGCAAAAUGGGGACAGUUCAGUUCGCUAAUGGUGACAGUGCGACCGCUGACUGGGUUGAUUUACAUGCACCCUUCAACCCCCGAGGAGAUGGAUAUCAAGACCCUAGCGGCUCGUCCACUGGACCGGGUGCUGGCAUUGGAGCUUACGAGUGGCUUGACUUGGCUGUUGGAAGCGACACCGGUGGUUCCAUGCGAGGACCUGCCGGGCAGCAAGGUAUUUACGGCAACCGGCCCUCGACAGGUGCUAUCUCUAUGGAUCAUGUGAUCCCUCUGAGUCCCGUUUCCGACACUGCUGGUAUUUUCGCUCGCAGUGGCAAGCUCUGGGCCAAAGCGACAAAGGCCUGGUACCCCGACUUCCUCUCCAACCAUACCUCCUAUCCGAAGUCACUCUUCUAUUCCGUUUCCGUUGGCGACUGGAAUAGCGAGCCAGCCAGCGCAGAUACAGCAAUUUUGAUCGAUGGAUGGAUCAGUCAGCUCGAGGGAUUCCUGAAAUUGAAUGCUACGCGUACAAACUACACUGCCAAGUGGGAAGCGACCCAUGGUAGCGCCCCCGCGGACCUUGCUGGUAUGCUGCACUCGACAUACGGUGUAUACAUUACCCACGACCAGUGGCAAUUGCUCGGUCAGCCAUUAUUUUCUGACUAUGCUACCAAGCACGGCGGACGCCAACCAUACAUCAACCCAGGUCCGCUAUCUCGAUGGCGCUGGGCCCAGGAGAAUGCAACUGAUGAGAUCUAUUCACAGGCCUUGAAAAACAUCACCAUCUUCAAAAACUGGUGGGAAACGGAUGGUUAUGGCGGCUUCGACACCGAGUCCUGCUCUGAGGGUCUAUAUGUUUAUGCCUGGGGUGUUGGUCUGCCAUCCUACCGAGAUGAGUAUCGCAGUGCUCCACAUGGUCCUCCUCUAGGCUUUGGUGACUCGUCCAUCCCUAUUAUUGCCGGUACUCCCGAAAUUGUUGUACCGAUUGGCGAGACGUCCUAUGUCAGCAGGAUUACCGGUCAAACUGAAUAUCUACCAGUCACCAUGGCUUUGAGAAUGUCCCGUGGAUGCGACUUUGCGCUAGCAGACUUAGUCAGUGACCUCGAAGACGCCGGAGUGCUUCGCCCAGUCUCUGCAGUGUCGAUCCAAGUGAAAUCUAUGUUCUCUCGAGCUCGCAAUACUUUAGGACAAGAGGCGCCGGAGAAAGUGUAA